AUGAUAAACCUCGCCCCCAAACCCACGCACUCCAUAACCAUAACAAUCGACGACGACGCCGUCCCCCUAGGCGAAACGGACCUAGCCAUCCACGAGCUCCAAGCCGUCGCAAAAGAAGGCAUCGCCCUCGCCGCUGGCGCAGCCGCAAUCCUCCUACAGAUCGCCCACCCCAUGGUCGGCCAGGGCGUGGCCGACCACAGCACCUUUGCGAGCCGCACAAUCAGCCGGACGCAGUAUACGCAGAUGUACAUCUUCACGAUGAUCUUCGGGACGCCCGAGGAGAAGGCAGCAAUGAAAGCGUGGGUGGACCGCGCGCAUUCGCGCGUCAAGGGCGAGGUGCAGAGCGGGGAGAGGAAGAAUGAAGUGUAUGAUGCGAUGAACCCCGAACUGCAGCUGUGGGUCGCUGCGACAAUCUAUGCGUCUAUGGUGGGGAUGUACGAGAAGGUUUAUGGGGAGCUCCCGCCGCUCAAGGCCGAGCUUGUGUAUCAGGCGUAUGCGUGCAUGGGGACCAGUCUGCAGGUUCCCAGGGAGAUGUGGCCGGCUGAUCGCAAGGCGUUUCGGGUGUAUUGGGAUGAUAUGAUUGCGAACAAGUUGUCUGUUACGCCUGAUGCGCGGGGUGUGUUGGAGGAGUUGUUUCAUCCGAAGGGUCUGCCGCUGUGGGCGAGGCCGAUUGCGUGGGUGCUGUUGCCCAUUGUGCGGCCGUUGACGAUUGAGCAGCUACCGCCGAAUAUCCGGGAUGGGUUUGGGCUCAAGUCGACGAGGUCGACAAGGGCGAUUGCGGGGUUGUUCAUGUCGACUGUUGCGGUGACUUAUCCCAUUACGCCGGGGUUUAUUCGGCAUUGGCAAAAGUCGUACUCGUUGCGGUUGCUGCGGAAGAGAAUGAAGAAGAGGGGUGGGAAGCUUGUCAAGUUGUAA